AAUCUCAGAAAUAUUUAUUUAAUUAAUUAUAAUUCGACCAUGGAUAGCAGUAAUUCGGAAUACCAUCCAUCCUUCACCUGCAAAUUGACGAAACACGAAUUCAUGGUCGAAAACCCCGUCGUCACCGGCGAUAUCGACUUCCACUUUUCUUUUCACGUGGAAUUUUCGGAUUGGAUAUUCCGGCAAGAUUCGGAGAUGCCGCAGUUUGUCCGACAACUCAGCCACCCUGUAAUCAAUCACGUUGUUCGCGUGAGGCGCGGGAAUUUAUUUUCAGAAAAGACGAAAAGAUCCGUCGAGGAAGAGCUCAAGGACCGGUUCCGUGUCGAAGAAGUUGACCGUAUUCGAGGGUUGGUCGAUUAUGCGUGGGGCGAGGCCAAUAAAAUCGUCAUGUCGAAUCUUUCGUGCUUCAGUCGUCUCAAUCUCGAGAUUGAUGUUUUGUUGGAACACCGAGUUGUUUUUCUCGAGGAAGUUAUUAGCAGUAGUGUUCGUUUGAUUCCGGCGGCCGAUUCGUCGAUCGAGGGGCUGAAGACGGUGGACGUUGUUGAAGAUCGUUCUCGCCGGAAUAUUCUUUUUACGGGAUGUUGCUCGAUUUGCUUGGAAGACUUUUCCGGCGGCGGCGAUUGUGAAGAAGAGUUAUUGUUGUUAUCGAUGCCGUGUUCGCAUAUUUUUCACGGCGAUUGUAUCAAGACGUGGCUGAGGACUAGCCAUUAUUGCCCGCUUUGCAGAUUCGAGAUGCCGACGAGUUCGAUAUAGAUCAAGAAUGUUCGAUAUAGAUCAAGAAUGACGUAUUAAUUGAAAUAUUUU